CGGGGCGCUGUCGGGGGGCGGGCCAAGCCCCGCGGCGUGGCGGUUCGGCGCCCCCCGCCACCGCCGGCCCCAGCGCGGCCCCAGCCGGCCCCGCCGGUACCCCCCCGCGGCGCCGCCAUGCCGCCCGCCCGCCCCGAGUACCUGCCGCCGUGGUGGGCGGCCUGGCUGCACGGGCUCCCGCACCGCGGCCUGCGCCUCCAGCCCGUGCCCGCCGACUUCCGACCGCGGGACCCCGACUACCAGCAGUCGCUGCUUUUCCUGGGAUUGGUGGCCGCCGUCUGCCUCGGCCUCAACCUCCUCUUCCUCACCGUCUACCUGAUCUGCCUGUGCUGCUGCAAGAGGGACCAUGAGCCUGAGACCAAGCGACCCCACUCCUGCUGUGUCACCUGGAUGGCUGUCACCGCUGGGCUCAUCUGCUGCACAGCUGUUGGCAUCGGCUUCUACGGGAACAGUGAGACCAACGAUGGAGUGUACCAGCUACUCUAUGCCCUUGACCAUGCCAAUCAUACCCUGACUGGCAUCGACACACUGGUUGCAGGCACCACGCUGCAGAUGCAGGUGGCCUUGGAGCAGCACCUGGUACAGCUGAAUGAGCUCUUAGCCACACGGGGGGACUACCUGCAGACCCUCAAGUUCAUGCAGCAGUUGUCCAGCAGCAUCGUCCUCCAACUCUCAGGGCUGCCCACCUGGCAGGGCACCAGUGCCAACCUCACCGUGCUGGCCAGCGAAGUCGCCUACAUUGAGUAUUACCGGUGGCUGGCUUAUCUCCUCUUCUUCAUCCUCGUCCUCACCGUCUGCCUCCUGGCUUGCCUGGGGCUGGCCAAGCGCUCUCGCUGCCUCCUCACCACGAUGCUGUGCUGUGGGCUGCUGACCCUCAUCCUCAGCUGGGCUUCCAUGGCUCUGGACACAGCAGCAGCAGUGGGUACCAGCGACUUCUGUGUGGCCCCAGAUAAAUUCAUCAUGAAUGAGACAGAGAGUGAGAUCACUGCAGAGGUGGUUCACUAUUACCUGUACUGUGAGCAGAGCCUGAGCAACCCCUUCCAGCAGGCUCUCACCGUCUUCCAGCGCUCACUCACCACUAUGCAGAUCCAGAUCCAGGGCCUCAUACAGUUUGCUCUGCCCCUCUUCCCAACAGCUGAGAAAGACCUUCUGGGGGUCCAGCAGCUCCUCAACUCCUCAGAGACCAGCCUACACCAGCUCACAGCUAUGCUGGACUGCCGGGGGCUGCACAAGGACUACCUGGACGCUCUCAUUGGCAUCUGCUAUGAUGGGGUAGAGGGUUUGCUCUAUUUGAUCCUCUUCUCCUUGUUGGUGGCCGCCUGCUUCUCUGCCAUCAUCUGUGCCACGCCUCACGCCUGGAAGCUCUUCACUGGCCGGGACCAGGACUAUGAUGACAUGGACGAGGAGGACCCCUUCAACCCGCAGGCACGCCGCAUCGCCAGCCACAACCCGGCGCGGGGGCAGCUCCGCAGCUUCUGCAGCUACAGCAGCAGCCUGGGCAGCCAGAGCAGCCUCCACCCCCCAGCCCAGACCAUCUCCAACGCCCCCGUCUCCGAGUACAUGAACCAGGCCGUGCUCUUCGGGGGAAACCCACGCUACGAGAACGUGCCCCUGAUCGGCAGAGGCUCUCCUCCUCCCACGUUGCCCAUCAAGAUACUCCCCGAGCAUGCGAGCCACCUACCUGUCUGUCACCGAUGAGCAGAUCAGGCACCACGGCACCGAGUUCCCAGCCUAACCUGCUCGCCCCGAGCGGCCGGCAGGAGGAGGAGAAAUCGCCGCCGGCAUUUCCCUAACGGCAACCAAAGACACCUGGAAAAGGCGGUGGGGAAGGCAGCGGCGGCAGCCGGAGCGCCAGCCCCGCCGGUGGGGAGCCCUCUGCCCCCCUUUCCCCCUCCUUUCCCCCUCGGCAGCUUCUCGGUCUGAAGUCUUCCUGCCUUACGGGUGGCAGCAGCUCUGGGACCAAACCCUGGCCGCAGGCGGGCGGUGCCGCGGCCAGGCAGGACUGGAGAUGCUUCACACACCUGUGCCGGCUCCUCCAUCCCCACCCCAUCUCCACCAGCUCGGGGAUGUUUUACGCCACAGAAGGGAGUUUACUCCAGCUCCCUCUUACUGGAGCACAAAGCCUGGGACCACGGGCUGCCCCCCAGCCCCUUGGGGAGGGGUCCCAGCAGCGGUCCCUUCACUCCUGUAGCAAUGCAGUACCAACCACUAGUGAUCCCAGACCCUUCCCGGCACCUGGGGGGACAGUGGCUGCUCCCCUCUGCCAGCUCCACGUGCCCCCCUGGCUGUUCCACCCUGGCCCCAGGUUCAGAAGCUGUAGAAUUAGGGAUGAUUUGGCCUUGCUGGUUUUUCCUUUGCUUUUACUCCUGGGUUUUAUGAGUUGUCUACAGGGCAGGGGUGCAGUGUAACUCGCUGCCUCUGUCCCACGAUGAGGUUUCCUGCAGUGCAUGUUGGUAGCAAGGUUUUGGCUGGUUUGUAGGCUCUUUUUUGGUGAUUCAGCUUCCCAGGGCAGGCAGGCCAGCAGUAAGGGCUGGGGCAGGCUCCCCUCCUUCUGCAGGACAGCCCUGGAGAAAGUAUGAAACCCCUAUGAGAGUGUCAGGGACAUCCCUGGGGAAGGAUGCAGUCCUGGGGAGCUUGCCUGGCAUUGCCAGGGUUUCAGGUGAAGCAGCUCUGGGAGCUGAGGAGCCAGAGGGAACCAGCAUGAGCUAAACCAGAUCAUUUGUGACUGCCCAUUUCAGCAUGGGCUGCCUUGGGAGGAUGUGAGCAAAGUCCCCUUCCCCACAGCAGUCCCUCGCUCACUGUGAGCAGGGAGACCCCCUGCUCCAUCCCACUGCCUGGGGAUGGACCCAGAAAUCCCAGCCUAAAGGGUGCAGACAGGGUAGUGGGCGUUUUCAUGCCCACUCACCUUUCAGGUCCCUUUCCAGGGCAAGUUCAGCUCUGGUUACCACAUUUGACACCGCAGCAGUGGCUUCACCAGGGUUUGCUUCGCUCCAGGGCUCUUCCUGUACCCACACCAUCAGAGGGCAAAGGUUUUCCCUGUCUGGUGGUGGUUACCCAUCCCUUCCCUCCCUGCUUUUUGGCUAACAGCGCUGCAGCUGGGCAGCCCUUUGAGGGUGGCCAGGCUGUCCCCCUUGGGCAAGCUGGGGGGGAGGUCUUACUUGAUAGCAGUGACUCACUGUGUCUUUUAAAGAUAACCUGUACAUAUCCGUCAGUCCCCUAACGCCGUCUGUCUGUGGUACGUGUGACUAGCAUUACUUGCUGUUGGAAACUUCCAGGGGGUGUUUAUUGAUUGGGUUUUUUGGGGUUGGGGUUUUUGUUUGUUUGUUUGUUUUUGGCUUUUAAUGUUUGGAUGUAAUGGUACUGGUAGAAGAGCUGUUUUUAAAACGCAUGUGAACUAACCUCAUUCGGACUCCAUCUAGGAGCUGGAGUCCAGCCUGAUUUGUAUGUGCCCUUUGGGGGAAGAGACAAUAAACACUUGUACUA